GGUCCCAUAAACUACUCCUAAAAGAAAGCGAGUGUGUAUCUCCGCUCAAUAAAUUUCCGCUGACCAGAACAACGGCCACGGAUUGUUCAGCGCGAAUCCCCACCGAAAAAGUUUCAAAAUCCCGAUUUUUCGCGGGAUGCAGAUCGAUCGAGGUGGAGAGAGGGUUUCUGAGUCUUCUGACAUCUGACGUCUCAAGUGACGAAUUUAGAGAACCAAAACAAACAACUCCAGCCACAAGGAAGACCACCAGAUUCCGGGCUGGAUAACUCCAACCUCACCGGCGCAUGUAUUUAUACAAUACCCUCCCUCACCAAUCACUUCCUUCACUUUGCAUCUCUCUCUCUCUCUCUCUGGUCAUCGUUCUCCUUCUUCAACAGGCAUCUUUUCGGUGAGCUGGGACUGUACCAUGGAGGCGGAACCACUUUCGCCACCGUACUCGGAAGAGAACAGGUUCUGGAAAGGGGCUUUCGCCGUGGUCGGAAUCAUGUCCACUCUAGUUAUCUACGGCGUCUUACAGGAAAAGAUCAUGACAGUUCCGUAUGGCGAAACGAAAGAGUAUUUCAAGUACUCAUUAUUUCUUGUUUUCUGCAAUCGUCUUACAACAUCAGCUGUAUCUGCAGGCGCUCUACUGGCAAGUAAGAAAGCAUUGGACCCUGUUGCUCCUGUAUAUAAGUAUUGUCUCGUUUCAGUGUCAAACAUAGUAACAACAACGUGCCAGUAUGAGAUUUGGAGCACAGCGAUUAUGCAGAAGGUGUACAAGGCCAACGACUAUUUCCUGGCUUUUCUAGUGAUGAUUGGUUGUGCAUUAUUCAUUCUAUACCCGGCAACAGGGGAUAACAGCCCAUAUAAUAGAGGGAGGGAAAGCACAGUUUGGGGUGUUUCCUUGAUGAUUGGUUAUCUUGGGUUUGAUGGUUUUACAAGCACGUUCCAGGACAAACUAUUUAGAGGCUAUGAGAUGGAGAUACACAAUCAGAUAUUCUACACGACAUUGUGUUCUUGUAUACUCAGCUUGACUGGUCUCAUACUACAAGGAGAUCUCCUUAUGGCGAUAGAUUUUGUUGGACGUCAUAAUGAUUGUUUCUUUGAUGUUGCUUUACUAUCCACUGUAGCAACUGCUGGUCAAUUCUUCAUUUCCUACACAAUUCGGACAUUCGGUGCACUCACAUUUGCCACCAUAAUGACCACACGGCAGUUAGUUAGCAUUCUGCUAUCAUGCAUGUGGUUCGUCCAUCCACUGAGCUGGGAACAAGGCAUUGGCGCUGCUAUCGUUUUUGGUUCCCUUUAUGCGAAAAGCUUCUUGAAAAACAAACGUCAGAAACCUUCACAACCGGAAGAUGGGGAAUCUAUUCUCCUGAAGGGGAACCCUUGAGAUGAGGAAAUCGUGCUGGCUUGUUGGUACUUUUGACUCGUAAACCACAAGCAGCUCUAUUUGCCACAGUGAGGUAGCAUCGAAGAUGUGACAGGUUUGAUGGAAACAGUUUUGCCCGACUCUAAACCGAAUAGCUAUUUUUCUUUUUCUUUUUGGAGUUAGAAGCAUAUAUAGUGACUCCCUCCCUACCAUUUUUCCUGAGGGAUGUCAAUCUACAAAAGAUUUGCGUUGCUUGUUUUCGUUCUGUUUCGUUUUGAUUUAGAAUCAAGUUAUUUUAUUCCACAGAAUUGAAGAACUGUAUAACCACAAAACUGGUGUAAAUUGUUUCGCAAGCUUGACAAAAGAGAUUAAGGACUGAUUGUUCACGGCAUUGUCUGAUUGAUUAGUUCACUCGUUUUUUCUUUU